CACACUCUCAACACUUACCAAAUGUGGCAUGUCACAUAACUAACCCCUAAACCUAAUUCUCGAUCACAACCACCAUCCAAAAGCUCAAAUCAAUUCAAUCCACGGUAUACGGAAUUGCAGGUUAUUACCAAUGCCAAUUCCAUCAUCCAGAGAGUUUUUCAGUGCUCAAAAUCAAUCAAACCUUGGUCGUAAACCAAUCGCAUUUACGCUGUAUAUCUCGGUUGCAUUAACUGGGUUGUUGUUUAUUGGCAUUAUUAUUUCGAGACAAGAUAGAAAAGGUGUAUAUACAUGUAAACAUAGUGAUCCUAUUUCGGUGUCCGUGGUUUGGGAUCAAAGUAGUGGUGUAGGUGGUGGUUCAAGUGGUUUGGUUUCUGGGUUAGAUCAGAAAAGGCAUAAAGUGAUGGCAUUUGUCGGAAUUCAAACGGGUUUUGGUUCGGCUGGUAGACGAAGAUCUUUGCGGAAAACCUGGUUUCCUUCUGAUCACCAAGCCCUUCAACAAUUAGAAGAGUCAACAGGGCUGGCGUUUAGGUUCGUUAUUGGUAAAACUAGUGAUAAGUCAAAAAUGGCACAUCUGAAAAGAGAGGUGGAGGAUUAUGAUGACUUCUUACUUUUGGAUAUUGAAGAGGAGUAUAGUAAGCUCCCGUACAAAACGUUAGCUUUCUUCAAAGCUGCUUAUGCACUUUGCGAUUCUGAUUUUUACGUUAAAGCUGAUGAUGACAUAUAUUUGAGACCAGAUCGCCUCUCACUGCUUUUGGCUAUAGAUCGUCAUGACACACAGACAUAUCUGAAAAAAGGCCCUGUGUUCACUGACCCAAAGCUGAAAUGGCAUGAGCCACUAGGGUAUAUGCUUGGAAACGAGUACUUUCUCCAUGCUUAUGGUCCAAUAUAUGCUCUUUCUGCGGAUAUUGUUGCAAGUUUGGUUGCUUUAAGAAAUAACAGUUUCCGAAUGUUCAGUAAUGAGGAUGUUACAAUUGGUGCAUGGAUGCUUGCAAUGAAUGUGAAUCAUGAAAAUAACCGUCAACUUUGUCAGCCAGAAUGUACUGCUACAUCCAUUGCUGUGUGGGAUAUCCCCAAAUGUUCAGGGUUGUCCAUUUAAUACUGAAUUACUUGCACAUCUCUCUAAUUAAGAGUGAAAGUAACAUGUUGUGACUUCUCCCAUGAGACACUGCGGGGUCCUAUUACAUCAUUGGCGCCACACAUAUUAGACAGAGUUGGCUGUCCCUCUGACUGUUGAAACAACAGAAAAAAAUAGUGGUGAGUUCAAUGGAAAAUUUAAACAUGGGAGCCUCGGGUAAAAAUGUCGGUGAUGCGUCUUUGGCCAUCCUCGUUUUCCCAAUUUCUCGUAAGUAUAAAUAUGCUGUGAAAAGCCAAAUAUGAGUGUAUGAUAAAUCAAAAGGUUGAAGGUUAUUAUAUUUGCCUUCGAAUUCUACUCUUUUACUCUACUUACCAUGUGACUUCAAUCCAAUGCUAAAUGUGGGAUAAUUGCCAAUAUGCAAUCUUGCAGGACUCUGUAACCCUGAGAAGAAGCUGUUGGAACUUCAUCAAAUGAAGAUCUGUGCAGGCAGCCCAACUUCGGUAUCCAAGGAGUAGAGCACAAAACACAGUUCAGACUACCAGUCUAGAUUUUGCCCCUUUUUGAAUUCAGCAAGUAAUCGUGUCAUUCCCCCCACCCCCACCCCCCUUGAAAUUUUGCGCUUAUAUCCACUUCAAAAGUUGUAUCAGAAAGUUAAUGUGCUUGUAAAGUGUUUUUUUUUUGUCUUAAAGAGUGUAUUUGGGACUUAGUUUUCACAGUCUUCUCGUGUUAACUCUUAGAUGAGGCAGUUUUGUAGUAUUAGAAGUCCUGUUGUACAUUUACCCGAACAAGCAGCUAACUGAUAAACUUACUAAUAUGUUAAUGAAUGAUUGCAUAAUUGUCAAAACCCUCUUUUCACAUUA